UCCCCGCCGCCGCCGCGUCCCCGGAGCCUGCGGGCGGCGCCGAGGCCGAGGAGCGCUCGCUGCAGCACAUGCUGCGCGCCAUAGCGGAGGAGCGCGGCCGCCUGAGCCUGCGCCGCGAGGUCUGCGGCCUCGGGUGCUUCAAGGAUGACCGAAUCGUCUUCUGGACCUGGAUGUUCUCCACCUACUUCAUGGAGAAGUGGGCCCCGCGGCAGGACGACAUGCUCUUCUACGUGCGCAGGAAGCUGGCCUACCCAGGCAGCGAGGGCGGCGAGGGCAGGAAGCAGGCGGAUGCUGAGCCCGAGGUGGAGGUGGAGGUGUACMGGCGCGACUCCAAGAAGUUGCCGGGCCUGGGGGACCCCGACAUCGACUGGGAGGAGAGUGUGUGCCUGAAUCUCAUCCUGCAGAAGCUGGACUACAUGGUGACCUGUGCAGUGUGCACACGUUCUGACGGAGGUGACAUUCACAUCCAUAAGAAGAAAUCCCAGCAAGUGUUUGCAUCUCCCAGCAAACACCCCAUGGACAGCAAAGGGGAAGAGUCCAAGAUGAGUUACCCUAACAUCUUCUUCAUGAUUGACAGCUUUGAGGAGGUGUUCAGUGACAUGACCGUGGGGGAAGGAGAGAUGGUGUGUGUGGAGCUGGUGGCCAGUGACAAAACCAACAUGUUCCAGGGGGUCAUCUUCCAGGGCUCCAUCCGAUACGAGGCGCUCAAGAAGGUGUAUGACAACCGAGUGAGCGUGGCUGCUCGCAUGGCCCAGAAGAUGUCAUUUGGCUUCUACAAGUACAACAACAUGGAGUUCGUGCGCAUGAAGGGGCCCCAGGGAAAGGGCCAUGCCGAGAUGGCAGUCAGCCGUGUGUCCACUGGUGACACGUCCCCCUGCGGGACCGAAGAGGACUCCAGCCCAGCUUCACCCAUGCAUGAGCGGGUGACCUCCUUCAGCACCCCCCCAACCCCGGAGCGGAACAACCGGCCUGCCUUCUUCUCCCCGUCCCUCAAGAGGAAGGUGCCCCGGAACCGCAUCGCCGAGAUGAAGAAGUCUCACUCCGCCAACGACAGCGAGGAGUUUUUCCGGGAGGACGACAGUGGAGCCGACCUGCACAAUGCAACCAAUCUGCGGUCCCGGUCCCUGUCUGGCACGGGACGGUCCCUGGUCGGGUCCUGGCUGAAACUGAACAGAGCCGAUGGGAACUUCCUUCUCUAUGCACACUUGACAUACGUCACUUUGCCGCUGCAUCGAAUCUUAACAGACAUCCUGGAAGUCCGGCAGAAGCCCAUCCUGAUGACCUAGAGUGCGUGCAGCCCGCUCGGAGCCCCGGCCCUGCUCAGCCCUGGGAGUGCUGCCAAGUGCCUACCUGUCACCGCCACCGGGGUCUUCUGUGACAAGCCAGUGCUGGAGCCACAGCCAGGCGGGGCCACUCGACUCCCGGGGCCAGGGCCGACUCUAGAACACCAGCCCAAACUGAAGUGCCUCGUACUCCUCCCUCUGGCUCUCCCGCCCUGUGCCGCCACUCGCCCGCCUCUGGAGAGCCCUCUGCAUCCAGMGGCCAGAGACACCAAGAGGCCAUAGGAUAGCCAGCAUCCAGAAUGUGCCCAGACCCACUGACCUGGCUCACAGCUGACAGAGCCGGACCCACACCCGGGCGCUCCGUGGUCAGACUUUGUGUCCUUAGGGAAGCCCAGCUGAGGAUUUUGCAAAGGGGUCCCGACACACCUGGGCCUCCAGCUAGUCCAGCUCAGCCUCCCCUAGUCACCACUGUCAUAAUAGGUUACUGCAGGAAGACGGGGAAGAUGGGAACUUGCUGUUGGACGCUUUGCCCUGGGCUGGAGCACCUCACUCACACCCAGUUCCAGAACYGCCUGAGCCAAGCAGAUCGCCCUGAUUCCGCCAGAAUGGCCUUUCGCUUCCAGCCAAAGAACACCACCAACACACAACCUCCGACCCGGACGCGUCCCGUUCUGGGCCUCGGCUGGAGGGUCCCCUGGAAUUUGGAUUCUUUGGGCAGGUGGGAGGGCUUGGUGGUCAGUGUCUGAUGUGGGCUGGGGUUGGCCUCCCCUCAGGAAGGUUCUAGGCAUACCCGCUGUCCUGAGGCCGGAGGGGGCUGGGCAUCAUUUCCUGUCCUUGGUGGUCUUUGGCUAGUGUGCUGGCCCCUCAGACCAGCUCCUUGGGCAGAGUGGGGCUCAGCUGGGUGUGCACGGCAGGUGCAGYGGUCGGUGUGCGGGCUGCCAGCCUGGCCUUGCCCUAGCGCGAAGGAGCCGCAUCUGGUGACGCGCAGUGUGCUCUCGUGAGCAGAGGCCUCCCCACCCAACAGGGAAUAAACUGGAAGCUGGGUCUCUCUGUUGCUGUUUUGGUUUGAAGUCCCCCAUACUGGAGGGCACCAGUCGUUUAAGACCCUCUGCAGGCCGCAGAGGCAGACGGGAGCAUGUCUUCCUGCCUCUGCGUUCUGCGGGCUCCGGGAAUGGGGCACCACUUCGGGGCUUUCUCCAGAUUUUGUAUAUUGUUAUUAAAAGCGAGCUGUUGCAUUUCA